GAUAAAUUUAAUUUAUCUUUUUUUUGCCGCGUUUGGAAUAGCAAGGGGUACCAGUAAAUUUCCGAUCAAUUCUUUUGCACUGUUCGGCGUACGUCUGAGAAUAUAUCCAAUAUCACCCCCUCAUUGGUCCCUAUACAUACAACACUUGAUGUUUUCGCUGUGAAGUUAGGGAAAUUUGAAAUCGACUCCUGGCAUACGAAAGUUUCUAACAGACAAAUACCUAUAAACAUACUUACCGAUCGAGAUCGAUAAGUAAUAAUAGAAGCGAUCAUUCUGAUGUCGUCUGUUGAAUGAAUUAAUAAGAAUGAAAGCAUCCAUCCGUAUUAGAUCUCCCAUUUAACCGCGUUGCUAAUACCGACUAUUUCAAUAUAUCGCGUGUGAAGCCACCAAGUUAGUCUUUUUAUUCAGAAUAGUCAUUGCUAUAUGCAUAAGAAUCACAUUGAUCAGGAUAUAGACGUUGACCAAAAUGUGACAACUGACGAGCAUUAAAAGUGAACGUCAUAUCAACACGCUGCUAUCUAGAGCAGACACGCAUAAUUUCGAGUGUUUCUAAAGUGGACUUGCGCAGUCAACCGCUGAAACUAGACUGAUCUUAUCCGAGUUGUUGCAUUACUGAAUAGUUAGUUAUCUGACGUACUUACUUAGUUGAAAUUUUUUCCGUUAGAAGGUAUGGCCAAGAUCAGAAACAUCUGCAAGUAUUUUGCGAUGAUAGUCGGCGUAGUAAUCCUGGUAUGCAUUAUACGAACAUUCGUUUUAGUCAAUAUUACGAAAAAGAAAUUGCCGAAGUGCGCCAAGAAUGAAACAUUGGGAUAUUUCAAAUUGAAUGAUGUAAUAUGGGAAAGGUUCAAAGAUACCCUUCGGAUGAGAACUGUAACCCAUGAGAUGUCGGAAAUACAGCAAAUGCUAAAUUAUGUGAUCGAAGCUCAUCCGAAGAUAUUCAAAUCCAAACACGUGCAAUAUGAAAUAGUGAAUGGAUACAGUCUUCUGAUUCAUGUACAAGGAAGAGACAAGACCCUCCUGCCUUACCUACUUGCGUCUCAUUUGGAUGUUGUGCCUGUUGUCGAAGAUGAAUGGCAUGCCGACCCGUUCGAUGCAACGGAAAAUAAAGAUGGAACAAUCGUGUAUGCAAGAGGGGCAAUAGAUGAUAAAGGAAGCCUAAUGUCAAAAUUAGCUGCAUUAGAGUUUCUGUUACAUCGUGGGAUUUUGCCUAAGAGAAGUUUCUAUUUGGGAUUCGGACAUGACGAAGAGGUUCUGGGUCCGGAUGGAGCUCCACAUAUAGCAAAAAGAUUGAUAGAAAAAGAUGUUAAUAAACUACAUUUUGUACUGGAUGAGGGUAUGGUGGUGAUGAAAGACGUCAUUCCUGGGUCAAAUAAGGAACUAGCAGUUAUUGGAGUUACCGAGAGAGGGUUCAUCAAUCUGAAUAUAAGUGUUGAAAUUCAUGGAGGACAUUCGUCGAUACCUCAUCGCGAAACUGCUGUAGGAGUAUUAGGAAACGCUGUUUCAAGACUUCAAUACAACCAAAUGCCGGGACGGAUUGACUCCAUUGUCGCGGAAUUUCUUGAUUCUCUGGCACCAGAACUCAGCUUUCCUCUAAAUGUCUUUGCCUGUAACUUAUGGCUGUUCAAUCCGCUUUGGUGGAGACUCUUUAGUUUAGAUAACAAAUUACAAGGAAUAGUCCGUACAACAACAGCGGUUACAAUUAUGAGAGCAGGAGAAAAAUUCAAUGUUAUUCCAUCAACGGCCUGGGCUGUUGUCAACCAAAGGACACAUCAUAUGGAUACCGUUACACAGGUGAUGAAACACAACAAAAAUGUUAUAAAUGAUGAUAGAGUUCAAAUAAAUAUAACUCGCCGGCAACCACCCCAUCCUAUAUCCCCAUUCGAUCGAUCAACUUCUUUGCCAUAUCAAGUAAUUUCAGACACGAUUGAUCAGAUUUUCGACGAAGUUGUGAUUGUACCAGCGACACUGGUUGCAAAUACGGACACGCGGUGUUAUUUAAAUUUUACCAAAAAUAUAUAUCGAUUCAAUCCCAUAUCACUAACUAUAGAAGACAUUGCAACCAUUCAUGCUAUGGACGAAAGAAUUAGCAAGAAAAAUUUUGAAAGAAUGAUCAAUUUUUUCUAUCAUCUUAUGUGGAACGCUGACAGAAUUCAACCUCGUGAUUUAACCAGUAACAAGCAAGAGUUAUGAAUACAACUGUAUAUCGAUUUUUACGCUUCGACUUUGGAACGGAAUUUUAUUGUGCUCUAUAAAAUAUUUGCACUAAUUCAUAACCAUAUCACUGUGAUUGAAAUAUGAUCUCGAUCUACACGUGCACAGUCGAUUUAAUAAUUACACAGUACGCUUACAGAAUUUACAUUUUAAUUUUUAGCGUACGUAAUAAUAUUAGUAUAAAUAAAUACUGUGAUGCCAAUGGAAUUCUUUAAAUAUUAUUCUCGAAGAUCAGCGUACAAUUUUCACAUGUUAAAUAAAAAUUAUACCGUUUACUA